AUGACGACAGGUAGUAAGGUAUUCAAUGUGUCGGUGUUUUUCGUGGUCUUCAGAGAGUGUCUGGAGGCCGUCGUGAUUGUGUCAGUUCUGUUGUCGUUUUUGAAACAAUCCGUUGGGACGCAGGACAUCAAGAUUUACAAGAGACUGCGCAAACAGGUUUGGAUCGGAGUUGCUUCUGGGUUUUUCAUCUGUCUCGCUAUCGGUGGUGGAUUUAUUGGCGCGUACUACUCGCUGCAAAAUGAUAUCUUCGGAUCUGCCGAGGAUUUGUGGGAGGGUAUUUUCUGUAUGAUCGCGACGGUCAUGAUCUCGAUCAUGGGUAUUGCCAUGUUGAGAGUCAACAAGAUGCAGGCGAAGUGGAGAGUCAAGAUUGCCCGUGCUCUGCUCGACAUUCCAGAACGCAAAAGAGAUCGUUUCAAGAUCGGCCAUUUGUCUAGGAGAUACGCUAUGUUUUUGCUACCUUUCAUCACGGUGCUGAGAGAAGGUUUGGAAGCCGUCGUUUUCGUGGCCGGUGCUGGUAUCACCACUCAAGGCUCCAGUGCCACAGCGUACCCACUACCGGUGUUUGUUGGUUUGUUCGCGGGUGUUGCCGUUGGUGCCAUUUUGUACUACGGUACUUCCCAAUCGUCCAUGCAAUUUUUCUUGGUUGCCUCCACUUGCAUCCUGUACUUGAUUAGUGCCGGUUUGUUUUCCAGAGGAGCCUGGUACUUCGAGAACUACAAAUACAACAAAGCUUCUGGAGGUGACGCCUCUGAGAGUGGUGACGGUAACGGGUCCUACAACAUCAGAAAGGCUGUGUACCACGUCAACUGCUGCAACCCUGAGCUGGAUAAUGGUUGGGAUAUCUUCAACGCCUUGUUGGGAUGGCAAAACACUGGUUACUUGUCCUCCAUGUUGUGCUACAACAUUUACUGGCUAAGUUUGAUAAUUGUCGUUGGCUUGAUGAUGUUCGAGGAGAAGAGAGGACACCUUCCAUUUUGCAAGAAUCUCAGACUUCGCAUGUUGAGUCCAACCUACUGGCUAAAGAACAAGAAGAAGAACGAAAUGACUCAAGCUCAAGAGGACGAAUUGUUCCAAAGAGUCGAGAAGUUGAAUUUCAACGACCAGGGUGAGCUUGGUCAUGCCGAAAAUAAUGUGGUCUCCGGCUCGAAUGCGUCUUCCACCAUUAAGAAAGAAGGAGACGUGGUAACAACAAUUCCUAAAUAA